CGAAAAGUAUAGCCGGUCACUCCCUCAAUAUGAUUUUGCCACCAGGUCGUGAUGCAGACGACAGACAUUCGGUCGAUAUUUUAUAAUGACAGAACAAGUACAAACAGAACAAGAACCAUCACCUUCCCGUGGCCACAAUCUUGAGGAGACUAUGAUGGACCUGGAACCAAAGAGGAGCAGUUCACCGAGUGUCAGCCAGAUCUCUGCGAGGACUGAUCAUUCAAUGGACCAUCCAGCGCACUUUAAAGGAGAACCAUUAAGGAGCAGUUCACCGAGUGUCAGUCAGAUUUCUGUGAGGACUGACCACUCAAUGGACCAUCCAGCGAACUUUAAAGGAGAACCAUUAAGUGGGAAAUCUGACAGGAGCAGCUUGCCAUGUCCUAGCCAGGACUCUGAAGAGUCAAAGGGUCAAAUAGAGAACUCUAACAGAGAACCUGACCUAUCUAAAAGUGAGCUGGCAAUAAGACUGCUGACUGACGAUGAAUUUAAGUGUUCAAUCUGUAACGAAGUGUUUAAUAAUCCAGUCAACACCCCCUGUGGACACAGCUUCUGCAGUGUGUGCAUCAACUCUUACUGGCAGCAGCCUGACCAGGAGGGACUCUAUAAGUGUCCGCAAUCGCAGUGCUCAAAGGAAUACAGUACAUGUCCAGAACUUUACAUCAGUGGAGCGUUGGUCCAGCUGCUCAAGUGGGCUAGAUACAGUCCGGUUCUUCCUGCUCCCAGCUGUGUCAAACCUGGAGAAGUGGCCUGUGAUAUAUGCAGAAUGAGAAAGUUGAGGGCUGUGAAGUUCUGUCUGACCUGCAAUGUCAAGUAUUGUGAAGUCCACAUCAAAGAUCACUACACUGUCCCUGCACUUCAGAAGCAUCAAUGUGUAGAGGCUACAAAAGAGCCCCCCACAUCAUCAUCAAAUCCUGAACCAAUCCUAACUGAUAAAGCUGAUGCCCUGCAAUCAAAUAAUUUUGAUAGAUCACCUCUUGCAGGCUCUAUAUGUCCAGAGAUGAUGACCCCACCAACUGGAACGUCAGGAAAGUCCCAGUGUGGCUCCUUUGAUUCCGACCCUAACAGGUCUGUGCAAAGAGGACAUGAUGAAAGCCCUCCCUAUCCAUCAAUGCAUAUGAAAACAACAGUCAGGAAACUUCAGUUUACGAAUGACCAAGAGGACACAGUGGCAGAAAGAUCCAGCAAGCCGUCCAUGCUGCAGGAGAUGCUGAUGAAGAUGAAAUGUGACAUCAUACCUGCCAACACUUAGCUUUCAAAAAACGGGCAAUUUUUAAAAAACAAAUGUUAAUCUUCAUCAACACUCAAUAACAGUUUAUGUGAUGUGUUAAGGCCAGUUCAAACCGAAGAUUCGCGACGGUCUGAGACUGUUGCGGAGAGCAGUUGCGGCGGUGUGAAUCAAAAGUUGCAAGCAGUUGCAAGCAGUUUCAAGCCGUCGCUAAACAUUCAACAUGUCAAAUCUUAGUUGCAGAGUUUUAGAACACUUUUGCGCGGAGCUAUUGUGACGUUGGCUAAAAACUUCUAUCUUGUCCUCACGCCUAGACUGUUGUUAUGGUAACAUUGUUGCCGUUUUAAUGUCGUUGCAGUGGUCUGAACGCCCCAGUUUUAGAACACAUUGUUGCAGAAAGUUGCUGGUUUUUAGAAGGUUGCAGCUCGUCUCGUUGCGGAUCUUGUGUUUGAACUGGCCUUUAAUCAUUACAUUUGACAACAACUAGUUCUUGAGUAGGCUUUUCAACUAGUCCGCUUGCUCGCAACACUAAGUGGCUGUGUAGUGUGUACCCACUUUCUUAUCUGGUUUUGGGUUGCCAGGUUUUAUGACAAAAGUGACUAAGUGGCUGUGAAUGUGUAGGGUGUAUUUCAUAUUUCAUACACAAUCUGCCAACCUGGGAUAUAUCAGACUAACAGAAAAUUAAGUUUGAUGGUCAUGCAAAUAAUGGGAGUUUUUCCGGGAGAAAUAACAAAACGGGAGGGCACUGGAAGAUGAUCUUGAAAUAUAGAAGAAACCCGGGAAAAACAAUAGUUUUGGCAGGUAUGCACCUUUAUUGACAAAAGCCAAUGCUCAGUGGCAACGUUAACGUCUAUGGAUUUGAUGCUCAAGAGAUAAAGGCAUUUUCUAAACUGCUGUCAACGCGCAUUAGAUGCUGCCAGUGGGCUUUGUCCUGUUAAAAGUAAUGGAGUUCUAAUGUCUGCCAUCAUUUGAUGCGUGUCAGACGCCACCAGUGGGCAUUGCUCUUUAAAGCUGAUUUGGAUCUCUCAUCCUGGAACAGUUGACCUUUUAUAUCAUAUAAAAGGUCAAUAUUUAUAUUUAUAUUUAUAUAUAGUCAUGCUUUUAUAUCAAAGCAACACCAGUGUGCAGUAGUGUGUUCAGCAAUCAAACCCUGGCUGACUGAUCACUAGGUGGCGACACUUCCGCUGUUCCAACAAGCUUGCAUGGAUUUUAUCAAAGCCAAAACAACUUGUGCUUUAUGUGCAUGGUGGAGUAGCAGUAAUAUCACCAUUUGAUAUCACCAUUUUGGCCCGGGUUUUAUUCCCGAACCUGCAGUUGAGACUUGCGAGUCUGCUACUUUAGAUUUAAAAAAAAGUGUGUUGAAUGUUAGGCAACAACAACCCAGGAUUAUCAAAUCAUGCCACUGUUUGACAGCCGUUAUCACAUGUCUUAUCUGAUGUCAAGAUGUGUCAUUUGUUUGUUAAAUGUGUUGUGUUGUAUUUUCAAUGUGUCGGGUCUUUUUAAUAUGAAUAAUAUGUGCAAUAUGCUGUAAUUUCUUUGUAAAUUCUAAAACUGAGAGAACUAUGACUGUAACGUGUAGCCUAAAUACUUGUUCAUUUCUUGAAGAGUUAUAUAUUUCAGACAGUAUAUUAACAUAAGAUAUGAAUGUUUCCUUGGCACCUCAUAUGAAUUAAUGAUGGCAGAAUUAGACUGUUUGAUACUGUAAAAAAAAAAACACAGUGGGGCGAUAGUCAGUAUUUAUAGCUAUAGGGCGCUAAGUGAGGAAAGGUUCUGUUUCUGUUUUUCUUUCAUGUGUAGAAUAUAGAAUACGACAUGAUAUACAGACUUUUUUUUAUUAUUUCACACAGACACGCAAUGUUAAUAUCCUGGCCUUCUGUGGAAAAAAAAUAAAAUACUCCGAGAU